CUCUAACUGUCAAGUUUUCCCGGAUCGCCAUGUUCUCAUGUUUAUUUUCUAAAAAGAUUUUCUCCAAGAAUUCCUGACAUGCAGUGUUAAAGGCAUGAAAAUUCGGUGAUAUUCAACUUAUAGGUUAGAAUAAACAACAUUGGUGAUCUUUCAGGAUGACAUCUGAAAUUCUAGGCACUACGAAGAAAAAAAUAGAUCCAGUUCUGACAGAUUUAUACCAAAACCUUCAGCAGGCAUCAAAUCUCCCCAGCACGGAUGAAGAGCUCACUUUUCUCAAUGAACUGCUACAAUCAAAGGAACUUAACGCCUUGGUGAACAUUCACAAUAAAAUCAUAAGCAAUGCCGACAGAAAAAGAUGUUUUCCUGUUCCAGCCCUAUCAGAUAGCAUGCAAGUUCUUGCUGAUGUAUUAGAAAUGAUACUGCAACACCCUAGAAGAAGUCAAGAUUUGCAAGAGCUAUUUCUUAUGCUGCAAAUACCUCAUUUGCAGGGUUUACUUUGUGCUCAUGAUGCAGUAGCUCAAAAAGAUUAUUAUCCUCAUCUACCUGAUGUACCAAGAGAAGAAGAAGAAGAUGAGAGUGAACAAACUAUAAAGAUUGUUCAGUUAGUAAAAAGUAACGAACCACUGACUGGUACACAACAAGGUGCUGAGCCGAUCGUUGGUGCCACUAUUAAAACCGAUGAAGCAACUGGUAAAAUUGUAAUCGCUCGCGUUAUGCACGGUGGUGCUGCCGACAGAUCUGGAUUAAUUCAUGUUGGCGAUGAAGUAGUUGAAGUAAACGCGAUUAAUGUCGAAGGGAAAGAACCAAAUGAUGUUUUGGCCAUAUUGCAAAGCUCCGAAGGUACAAUCACCUUUAAACUAAUCCCAGCCGAGAGCAAAAUAAACAUGAGGGAAAGUAAAGUGAGAGUUAGAGCGCAUUUUGAUUAUGAAAGCUCCACAGAUCCUUAUAUUCCAUGUAAGGAGGCGGGUUUGGAUUUUAAGAAAGGGGAUGUCUUGCAUAUUGUUUGUCAAGAUGAUCAGUAUUGGUGGCAAGCAAGAAAAGAAGGAGAUAAACUGAUGAGGGCUGGUUUGAUACCCAGCAGGGCGUUACAAGAAAAACGAAUUAUUCACCAGAGGACCCAGCAAGAAAAGGAGGAAAAAGAAGAAAAUGGUGCGGCUCCAUCAAAGGCUAAUCCCCGCCCUUUUCCCUGCUUAGGGCUGUGCAACGUGUCCGUAGUGCCUGAGGACGGCUUAACCUGUAGCCCGAAACCCUCGCGAUGCCUUAUAGUUGCCGAAAUGCGUAACAAAACUAAAAAAAUCAUUUACGAUACAGCGGAAAACGACGAUUUCGAUCGAGAAUUGAUUGCCACCUAUGAAGAGGUGGCGAAACUUUAUCCGAGACCGGGACAAUAUAGACCCGUGGUGCUUAUCGGACCUCCGGGUGUUGGUAGAAACGAAUUGAAGAGGAGAUUGAUUGAUACGGAUCCUGAGAAGUUUCGGACGCCUACCCCAUUUACAAGUCGAUCCAUGAAACCAGGCGAAGUGGACGGAAAAGAAUACUUUUUCAUUUCCAGAGAAGAAAUGGAAGCAGAUAUUGAAAAGGGAAAAUUUAUUGAGUACGGCGAAUAUAAAGGAAACCUUUACGGAACAAGUGCCGAUAGUGUAAAAGCAAUCGUAAACUCAGGUCACGUAUGCAUUCUAAAUCCGCAUUAUCAAGCGCUAAAAACGCUGCGGACGCCUCAACUUAAGCCUUAUAUCAUUUACAUUAAGCCACCGAGUUUGGAUGUAUUGAAAGAGACGAGGAAUGCCAGCCAUGCUAGGAGUACUUUCGAUGUAAAUAAUUCUAGAGGAUUCACGGAAGAAGAAUUCGAGGACAUGAUUAAACACGCAGAACGUAUCGAAUUCCUAUACGAUCACUACUUCGACGAAACAAUCGUGAACGACAGCUUGGCCGUGGCGUUCGGUAAGCUCCUGUCGGCAGUAAACAGGGUUGAAACGGAACCCUUGUGGGUACCGGCCUCGUGGGUUCAAUAAAAAGAAAACACUCAUAUAUCUUUAGUUUUGUAGUGGCCUCGAAUAGACCCGUUUUUAGAUUAAAAAUAUUCUCUUUUUGCACAUGUCAUUUUAAAAUUUGAAAUUUAGGCUGGCCGUUAAGCAAGAAUGUAAGUUAGACUGUGAGGUUUACUUAUUUCAGUUUAACCUCACCUACCACAAUGCAAUUUAGGGAAACAAUAAAAGUUUUAUGUCAUUAUAUAGGGAGUUCUUAACUAAGAAAUCAAUAUUGAAGGAGAUUAUUUUUUGGUCCAUUUUACAAUUACAUUAAGGUAAGAAAAGGUGAUCCAGUUUUAGCUGCAUAUUUUAUUAUUUUAUUACACGUGCAUUUCUUAAUCAGAUAAUAUAAUCAUAACAAAUAAUAAUUAAAAUGCUGAUUUACUCUUGUAUGAUUUUAUAAAGGGUGUUCCUAAAUGUCCUGUACAAACGAAGAGGGAUCAUUCUGACAUAUUUUAAGACUAAGUAUGUUUAAGUUUCUUAUGAACAUAGCAACGCUGGGUUAAGUUUUUUUUGCAUAUUUUUUAAUUUCAUGUUAAGUCGUCGCUGAGAUACUUCACAAAAUGUUUGAGGUAUUAAUUAAUCUUUACCUUAAAAGGAUCGAACGCUAUUGAAGAUCUAGAACUGCACUCAAUCUUAAAAAUCUUUGGUGAAAACUAAAUACAAUAUUUUAAAAUAAAAUGAAAAAUAACUCUUAAAACUUAAGCAAAAUAAUAAUUCUAAUUAAAUUAUUUAAUAAGGUGUUCAAAUACAUCUCCUUGUUGGGCUUCACAGUAUCCCAACCUGUCGUAAAAUUCUCUACGUACAUUGGCUAAAAUUUCACGUGUAAUGGACCUAUAAAUAUUAAUAAUUCUAAUACGUAAUUCGUCCAAAUUAACGGCUCUUUCAUGUCGGUGUUGGUAAAGAAUUUCCGUCAAAUAGCCCUAUAAGAAGUAGUCGCAUGGCGUCAGAUCUGGAAAUCGCGGAGGCCAUGGUAUAGUACCUAUUGUGGAAAUAAGCCGUUCAGGAAAAGUGUUUGUUAAUUAGUCCUGCACUGGUCUAGCGUUGUGAGCGGGACAUCCGUGUUGUUAAAACCAAAUUUCCUCAAAAUUAACAUCCAAGUUUCGUACAGCGGUUAUAAUAUUUUGUUGCAAUAAAAGUAAAUAUCUCUCAGAGUUUAAGGUACCAUUAAUUAAAAAAAGGGGCCUACUUUACCUUUUGUGGGUAUUGAGUUCGUAAUGGUACACUCAAAUGUAGAUUUUCCCGAGACCAAUAACUCACGACUGAAGAAUUAUGUCGACCUAGAAGAGAAAAAGUUUUACAAAACUCCAAGCGUUUUAUUUGAUCUUCUGGAAAAAUUUCUUGAGUGUUUUUAAUUUUAUAGGCUUUGUACUUAUUUCUUUUCAAAAUAUCACGCACUGUACGACUUGGAAUAUCAAGUUCUUCAGAAAUUUGGGAGCUAAAACAAGGUUCACUUACUUCAACAAAAGCACACACAUUGAUCUCCUUUUCAAUCCUAGCGUCAGGUGUUCGACGAGGUUCCUGAUCGCCACUAGAACAUUUUGCACACCGAUUUACACUAUAAAUGGGGUUUAUAAAUUGUUUUAGCAGUAGGGACUUGCUCAUCAGGAUAUGCAAAUAUAAAACGGCAGACAACUUCUUCUGCACUAUCCGCAUGACAAUACUAUUUCAUGAUAUUAAUCUUUUGAUCAACAGUGAAAACCAUUUUUAUUUUAUUACUGUAUCCGUCUUCGUAUCACAGGUUGAAAUAAAUUGUAAACAUGAUCGGCUAACACGUACAUAGGUAUGCAAGGAAUUGCAACCGGACUGAUGAGCGCAACGACGCACAUUAUUGCAACUUAUAGGGAAAUCAGGACAAAAAUCAUUAUCACUAGAUAAAAGUUAAAACUAACCACUUUUAAUUUUUUAUUUAUACAUGGACACUUUAACCAAUAACAUUAAAUCAUAUUUUAAACAAAAAAGUGUAUUGGUGUCUCUAUACAGGGUGAAACAAAUCAGGACAAAAAUCAUUAUUCAACUAUAAGUUAAAGUAACCAUUUUUUUGGUUUUAUUUAUACAUGGACACUUUCAAAGACUGACUUUCAGACACCUAUCAAAUUAUACAUAGUUUGAAUAGAAAUUGGUGUCUUUAUACAGGGUGAAAAAAAAAGUUAUUUACAACACUAAACUUCUUCGGGUACAUUAUCAUUUUCUAAAAGUAACGAAUCUGUUUCUAUAUGGUCAUUUAAAUAUUCUACAAUAUCCAUAUCCCACGUUAUGGGUUUGUUUUGUUUUUUUGACUGAUUUUUAAGAUAAGCCAAGUUAGGUUCGGAAGUUAUCAAAAGAGUUCUAAUGAGGUCUGUAUUGCUUUGAAUUCUCGAUACUUUUCGUGUGUGAUGUAAACGAAUUUUUCUAAAUUCUUUGUGUCUGGCUUCGAGAGCAUCUUCUGCCAGCUGCCCUACAGGAAGUUCAAAAAAGCUAAUAACUUCGCAACCGUGCGUUAAAAUUUUAUGAACAGUACUAGGCAUGUAGUACCAUUCAUAAAAAUUGAAAUAAAUGCUCUUAGUAUCAAUAAGUAAGGACUGAAAUUUAGGUACUUUAAUCUUAGAACCUGAAGGAAGUACUCUUAAAAUUAAUUGAAAGUUUUUAAUUAUAGUUGAGUCGAUACCUGUUAUUUCAGAGCUAAUUUCUACGUUUUUAAAAAAUGUCCUGGCAGUAUUUCCAUCAUUUGUGGAACCAUACCCGGGCUUUGGCUUAUCGACAAUUAAUCCCAAUUUGUCUUUAAAUUCUAACUGAAUGCUUUUUUUUGUAUUUUCAAAAAUUCCCUUACUUUCACCACCUUUUACUUGCCACGUUUUUAAUUGUAAGCUUUUAAUUGUAUACCUUACGUUUUUAAUUGUAAGCGAUAGGCGAUGUGCAAUACACACUCAAAAAAACGAAUCCAGCAAUGAAGUGUCGAUAGGCCAAAGCGAUAAUUUUCAGCAUUUGGUGUUCUUUGAAGCACUGAGUCCUGGUUCAUUUGCCUUGGCGUGGCUCCACAAAUAAUGCACCUGGAUGUAGAACAGGUUUCUGAAAGGAUAUUGGCCACACUACCGUCAAACAUAGUGAAUAACAUUUCGUAAGAAACAUUUAUAUUUUUUUCUGAAAUAAAAAGAUUAUUAAGAUUAGUUAUUAAUGACUCAAUUUCGCCAUGAACGGUUCGAACAACAUCUGAAGUUUCUUUUGUAAAUUUAAAUGCAAUUGGUCGACAAUACAUUGAUGAUGAUGAACGUGGGUUAGACCAUAUACUUUCUCCAUUUUCAUUAUCAAUUAAUCUAAGAGGAACUAAUGCGACAAGAAACAUGUACUCAUCUGUUGACAAACUAUCUUCAAAUUUUUGCUUAUAAAGACUAUGCCCCGAGCUACCGUCAAACCCCCAUUUGCAAAUUAAUUUAAAAUUUUUGUCAGAAUGUAUUCUUUUAUCCUGGAUUUUUAAAAUACUCUGCAGUUUUAUUUAGAAGCUCUUGAAGAUUAACUUCAGCUGAAGUGUCAGUCACAAUAAUUUGCGAGGGUAAAAAUGUUUUUUUACAUUCAAAUAGAGUGCGAUAGCUGGGAAAACAGUUUGUAUGCAAAGAAUUAAUCUUAGAACGCAGUAUGUUAUCUCUCAACCGAAAGGUUUAGGUCGUGGUAAAGUGCUAAGGCGUCUUCAGGUGUUAAUUUUUUUGGCUCUGAAGGAAUUUCCUUUCGUUGAGAAUUAAUCCUCUCUGCCGCAAAACAUAUUUCUUCUGGCGUAUAAUUUGUCAACAACUCUUGUACUCUGCGCAAUUUGGUUCUUUUUGAUGCAGCUUCAAAAGGCACAUGCGGUCUUCCACGACUAGGUCUUGGUUGAGGAUCCACUUCCAUGUCAGUUGCUUCAGUUGGAAUAUUUGGUUGAAGAUAGAGUAAAUAACGAAACAGAAAAUAGCUUGCUGCUAUUUAGCAGCUUUGUUUCAAUGUCAGUUGAAGAAUUAUCUAAUGCAAAAUAAGUUUUAAUUGUUUCCAUUAUUCUUGAUGCCUUUCUAUUCUUUUGCAACUUAGCCAUUUUCCAUAUAGGAUUGUAUUAGGUAUGGUUUUUUCUAAAAAACAUAAAUUCCGCAUUAUUCCGCAAAAAGUGAUGGGGUCAUUUAAAAGCAAACACUUUGGAGGAUUGAUCCUAAAAAUUUUAUGAAGCAACUUUAAACUACUUUUUGUAAAUCUUGAUGAAAGUGAGAAAAAGGGUAUUUUAACACUUUUAAUUAUAUAUCUGCAAAAGGCUUAACAUGAAAAUGAUAACUUACCUUCGAAAAUGUUGUUCAUACUUAAGUGUACAUAUUAAAAAUAUAUUAAUUUAAAACACUAGUGCACACUACAACAAUUUUAUUUUAAACUAAACUUCUAAAAAUAAUCACAAAUCUUUAUCGGUAUAAAAUGUUUUUAUUAUCCAAAAAUUUCUAAAUAAAAAAAGUUAAAGCCUUAUCUUACUCGGGUAUUUUGCUAAACGUAACACCAAUAAUGUUUUAAAAAUUAAAUACUUUAUUUGUGCAUUUUUGUCCAUUGGUUGCAACACUGUGCGACGACGCGAUAGCCACCUAGGGUGGAGCCAAGUUUCUUCUGGCUCUACUCCGUCUCAUUACACAUUAUGCAAAAAUCAUAUUCGAAAAUUUUCAAGCGCACGUGUAUAAAGAAAUACAUAUUAUAAUUUGGAACCGAGUAAAAUAAUUAUAUUUUAAUAUAUUUGUGUAUUCACUUUUGUUUUGAAGUAUGAAAACUUAAGUUGGAUCACUCUUUUUUAAUAUGUCUUAACGAUUUUAUUAUUCAUUCAAGACAUUAUUUAUUUAUUAUCUGCUUGAAUAUUGAUGUGACAAUUAAGAACUCCCUGUAAAAAAAGACUCUUUAAGGAUGUAAAAACAAUAAUAGGUAUUUUGUGUACCCCAUAUCACUCAAUCAGCGGCAAAUAUAAUAUUUCAUCGACGAUUUUGAACGAAUUGUUUAUUUCAAAAAUUCAAGACAAUCGUUCAUGCAACAGAUUUAUUUUAGACAUUUUUCUGAUAAUUUUUUGUUUUACCCCAGUAAGUAUUUUUUUGGCCUAUAAUCACUAUUGAAUUAUCGAGUAUGAAGAAAAUAUUUCUGUAUGGUCUUAUCUAAAUAUAUUUUUAUUAAUAUAUGAAAUAUGGAUUAAAACCAAAAAUUUUAUUUGGCGUUUAUUAAAGAGAAACAAAGCAGUAUUAUUUUUUACUAUCAAGAAUUAGUGUUUUACUUAAGUAGGUAUUUAUUAUAAAAGUUUUUACAUGGAAUGGCUAAUAAAUGUUUAUUUAAAAUAUUAUGGAAUUGAAAAUAAGAAGAUUU